ACUGAAUAAACAGCACCGCCCCAAUCUCCCCUUGGUUGUUUGUUUUAAGUGAAGAGCGAUCCAUCGCAGAGCGCCGGGCUCGAUUGACACUGUCUGAUGAUCUGCUACUGCGGCUGGCUCAGAAUAACAAGGCUGCUCGCUAAUACCCGUCUAUCGGGGCUUUCGCCAAAACACCGAGCGAAUAGGAUCCAAAAAAGCCAACAAGGCAAGCAAGAACGCCGCGCCGCCGAAGUCCGCACCACAGGAUGGCUUCGGGAGACCUUUACGAGGUGGAGCGGAUCAUGGACAAGCGGCGCAACAAGAAGGGCAAGUGGGAGUACCUGAUCCGGUGGAAGGGUUACGGCAGCAAGGAGGACACCUGGGAGCCCGAGCACCACCUGCUGCACUGUGAGGAGUUCAUCGACGGCCUGCAUCUGCACACCCAACACAAACAACCCAAACCUCCCAAGCUGCCCGCCGGGACGGCUGGGGGACCAGGGAGGCCGGGAGGGCCACCAGGGGGAGUUGGACCACACCUCCUAUCCGCCCGUCCUCCCGCCCCAGACACCCCGAGAGCACGAGCAGAGGCACGUAAGAAGAAAAGGACUGGUGUUAGUCCAGGGGCCGGGGUUAAUCCUGGUGCAGGAGUAAGGGAGGGCAUAGGUUUGGGGGUUGGUACUGGAGCUUCUCAGAAGCAGAAGAAGGUGAGCGGAGGAGGAGGAGGGGGGGGGAAGCAUGUUUCUCCACACAGGAUGACCAAAGCUAUGCCGUACAAGGCUCCUCCGGGGGGACUGCAGUUUGUGCCCCCGGUAAGGGCCCCUCAUAACGGACUACAGAACGGAGAGAUGGACCCUGUCCUGUACAGGGCAGCAGCCAGGACACACAGACUGACCCAUGACACGGUAGAGAGGGUGAUGGGGGGUGUGGAGACCACCGGGACACCACUGGUCAAUGAACUAGGCUCCACACUCUCCAACGGUGAGGUGAAUCUGCACAGCUCUGUGAAGAGGAAGCUUGGAGAGGACAAAGGCUACGUGUUCGACAAGCGGCUGAGGUACAACGUGCGGCAGAACGAGACCAACUGUCGAUUCCGUGACAUUGUCGUCAGGAAGGAGGAGGGCUUCACGCAUGUGCUGCUCUCCAGCCAGACGUCUGACAACAACGCACUAACACCAGAGAUAAUGAAGGAGGUGUGUCGGGCUCUGGGGAACGCAGCAGCUGAUGACAGUAAGCUGUUGCUGCUCAGUGCUGUGGGGAGUAUCUUCUGCAGUGGCCUGGACCCGUCCUACCUGAUAGGACGCCUCUCCACAGACCGCAGGAAAGAGAGCAGCCGCAUUGCUGACGCUGUACGGGACUUUGUGCUGGCGUUUAUCCACUUUAAGAAGCCCAUCGUGGUGGCCAUCAACGGGCCUGCCCUGGGCCUGGGGGCCGCUAUCCUGCCCCUAUGUGACGUGGUGUGGGCCAGCGAGCGGGCCUGGUUCCAAACGCCCUGUGCCGCCCUCCGCCUCACCCCCUCCGGCUGCUCCUCCUACACCUUCCCCCAGAUCCUGGGAGUGGCUCUGACCAAUGAGAUGCUGUUCUGCGGGAGGAAGCUCACGGCACAGGAAGCCUGCAGCCGGGGCCUGGUGUCCCAGGUCUUCUGGCCAACCACGUUCAACCAGGAAGUGAUGCUGCGUGUGAAAGAGAUGUCCACCUGCAGUGCUAUGGUUCUAGAAGAGUCUAAAUGCCUGGUGCGGAGCAUUCUGAAGUCGGUCCUGGAGGAGGUGAAUGAGAAAGAGUGUCAAAUGCUCAAACAGCUGUGGUGCUCCACCAAGGGACUGGAGGCGCUCUUCAGCUACCUGCAGAGCAAGGUGUAUGAUAACUGACCUCUCACCUCCACACACCUGCAGAACUAUCUAUGGGCCACGAGAUCUGGUCUUCAGUUACCUACUGAGCAACAUCCCUGAAGAUAUAGGGCUUUGAUCUUCAAUUACCAACAGUCUUCUUUAACAACCAGCAGAACGCAGUUUGCCAGUCUCCGAGGCCUUAUCUCCUCUCGUCAACAUCUGGGCCUGCAGAGCACCACCAUCAAUGUUUGUUUUACUUUGGUCAUCCCUCAACGUCCCUGCCUGUAAGAUGAGCAAAGCAUCAACUUCUGGAGAGGAUUCAUCUGUAGGAUUCAUUCUGCAUUCAUACUGGCCUGCUUGGAGUUCAGUUAACCCCUUCCAGAGGAAGCAUUGACCUGGAACAGGAAGUCAUGACAGUGAACAAGGCUCUUCAGGAAAAUGGAGGCACAGCGGUGGUGUGAGUGCAUGGAGGCAAAAGAGCUCAUCUGAUGGCUAAUGUCAUUGUUCAGUUAUUUAUUUGAAAAUGUAUUUAGAUUUGAUCCUAAAUACAAAAAAAAGCAUACCAUGUGUAUAUAUUUUCUAUUAGUCUGCUAUUUGUUUGUUUUUGUAUCUUGCUUUAGUCUUUCUGUUUUGAGGUGAAGUGUCCUCCUGGGCUCUGAGGUGUAGUGAAAAUCAAAGCUAUGCUUGAGGUCAGAGUGGAACAUAUAUCUUCUCACUUUACAAUGCAGUAACCCUGGCCAAAGAAGUAAAUAAUAAUUGAAGUGAAACCUGUCCAUUGAAUUAGGUGUGGUGUAAUAGGAGGGCCACAGGGGAAGAGUUAGAGGUAGGUAUGCCCAAUGAUACACACCCAUAAUUGGGAAGUCACUGUGAAUGGGCAGUGUUGACAGUGAACUCUUUCUGGAUUUAUAUAGACCGUUUUGCGAUGCUCUUUUGGAAGUGUUUAUUCAAUUGCAUGUAUUUGGUUUGUCAGUAAGGGUGUUUGACCUCUGAUUGAAUGUGAAUGUGAAGGAGGGCCCUCUUUGACCACGACCAACACUCCCAUAGAGAACCAGAGCUGUCUGAUUGAAUGUGAAUAUAUAGAAGGGCCCUCUUUGACCACGACCAACACUCCCAUAGAGAACCAGAGCUGUCUGAUUGCAUCUUUUCAUUAGAAUGUGGAGACUGUCGAUAGAUCAACAGGAGACCUCUCCCUGGGAAAGGGAGGAAAGAGAGAGAGAAUGAGAGUAAGAGGGUGAGACAUGUGUGUCAUCAUUAUUAUAUCAGCAGCAACAUGUGCAGCGUCAUCAUUAUCUUCAAGGUACAUAUAUGACAUGUGUUACAGUGCAAAGGUAUAGCGGGAGUGGUUUGCUUAUCUACUCUUCUGUGUUGACUAACCUUGCCUGAGACCUCAAGACUUCUUUUGGCUCCCAGAGCUAAUGCCCGGCCUUUAGCUCAGAGGGCUACUGCAGUCUUAAAUCGUGAAGACGACCAGGGUUUGAUACCCCGUUGAUUAUAAAGGCAUGUAUAUUACAGUGUGAAACGUGUAGCUAUGAUAUUUGGACAGAUAAUUAUUUUGAUAUUACCUUGCAAUUGGUUAUUAGUGAGACAUUGUGUAUUUUUGUAAAGCACAGAAAGAUGAUGUUCUGUUCCAAAUUAAUCACUGCACUUUUCGUCUGUUGGCUGUCUGUGUUGUGAAGAUGCAGUAGUAGUGCAGCUGAAGCAGAUAAUACCUGCAUGUGAUGAUGGCUUCAGGAAAUGGGAAAUGUAUAUCUACAUAUAUUGUAUGUAUGGAUAACUAUUUUUGGUUUACCCAAUAAUGAAAUGUAGUUUUGUGGAAAUUGUUUUGUAUCAUUCAGGAAGUGGUGGAUAUUUGCAGUUGUACACAUAUAUGAACCAUGUAGGUGUUAUAUGGUGUAACUAUAUGCAUGUACAAUAUUGCAGAUACUUGUGUUGCCUGUCAAAAUGCUUUACAUUUCAGGGUAUGUUUUGUAUUGCCAUAGUAAGCAAUGUUAUAAAUCUUGCACAAUCAUUAUUUGUAUUUAUUUAAAGUUAGUGCUCAAGUUCCCCUUGGGGUGGCAGUGUCAUAAUGUUUCCCUUUCCCCAGAGGCAUCUCUUUCUCUCUUAUCUUCUGUUCCAGAUAUUCUCAGUAAAUUGCUUUUUUUCCCUAGAUCUGCCCUGUGUGAUAGUGGUGACACAACAGACACACAAAAACAUGGUUACAUGUAGCAUCAUUAUUUUUAAAGGCUGUUGAUACCCACUUUAUGCCAAACCCUGAAACAGUAAUAUUGCUAUUGACAGCACUGACAAAUCAAAGCUCUAUCAAUUUCUAAUCAACCAUUCCCAAUUAUAUUUGAAUAACAAUUUCCCUAAUUAAUGUAUUAUUUGCGUGUUGAUCAGUGUAUUGCUAAAGUAUAGUGUAAGAUUAAAUGUAUAUUAAUAUAUUCAAGAUUUGAGUUUUGCCUGUACCUCUCCCCAACCUGGUCUCAGAGCAUUUUGUAUUAUGCUGUACGUAAAUUCAUACGCUCCCCAUUUAGUAUGAUUUGUUACUUCCGUAUGGUAUGUAUUCAUUUGUGGAUGUCCAUCAAACGUUUCUUAUGAUAUGUUACAAAUUUGCAAAAUGUACAAUAUAUUACGAUUUGCUAAACGUAUGAUAUUUUACCAAUUCUAGCUAGGUGGGUAACAUUAGCUAUCUGGCUAAUGUUAGCUGGGGUUAGGGGUUAGUAUUAAGGUAUGGGUUAUGUUUAGGAGUUAGGUUAAAGGGUUAAGGAUAGGGAAGGGUUAGCUAAUGUGCUAAGUAGUUGCAAACUAGCUAAACAUUUGCAAGUAUAGUUACUAAUUAGCUAAAAUGCUAAACUUGGUCAUGAUGAGAUUCGAACUCGCAACCUUUAGGUUGCUAGACGUUCACGUUAUACACCAACCCAUCCACCCCAAACCAACAAAUUUUUGCCUUAAGUAACCAUCUGUCUAUUCUAACCAUAAAAAAACGUAAAAUAUCAUACUACUUUGUAUCUUGGUUUACAUUUACUUUGUUACGUAUAGUCUGAGACCAGGCUGCUCUCCCAGAACCCAAAUAGAGAAACAUUGUGUUUGAAUGAUGCAUUUGAAUAAUUUGAAGUAAAACAUGUAUAAUUCAUUUGUUGAGGACUUACCCUUGAAUAUUAUGACCGGCCCUGUAAGCCAUGUGUUUAGGUUUGGUUUGUAAACUCCUAUCAUCUCUUUCUCUAGUCUAAAAUCACACCUCGGGGUGCCUUAGAAGUUGUAUCUUUUGUCUGUAGGAUGCUGUAUCCAUACGUUGUGAGAGUUUGGGGGUCAAGCUGCUUUGAAUAAACUAUGACAUUAAUUUAAA